AUGCCCAGGCAAGUCCCGCUCGGUCGCAAUCGGAACAUAGGCAUCAUGGCGCAUAUCGAUGCCGGGAAGACGACGACCACCGAGCGCAUUCUCUACUACACCGGCAUCACGUACAAGCUGGGCGAGGUGCACGACGGCACGGCCGUCAUGGACUGGAUGGCGCAGGAGCAGGAGCGCGGCAUCACCAUCACGUCCGCAGCCACCACCUGCUUCUGGCGCAACCACCGGAUCAAUAUCAUCGACACCCCGGGACAUGUCGACUUCACGGCCGAGGUCGAGCGGUCACUCCGUGUGCUGGACGGUGCGGUAGCCGUGUUCGACGCCGUCGGCGGUGUCGAACCGCAGUCCGAAACGGUCUGGCGGCAGGCGGACAAGUACGCCGUGCCCCGCAUCUGCUUCGUCAACAAGAUGGACCGCGUAGGGGCGGAUUUCGCGGGGACGAUCGACCAGAUCCGCAACAAGCUGCAGGCCAACCCGGUAGCGGUGCAGAUGCCGAUCGACUCCGCUGACGGCUUCGUCGGCGUGGUCGACCUGGUAAGCAUGAAGGCCAUCCGCUCCGUGGACGACACGCUUGGGGCCGAGUCCGUGCUCGAAGAGAUUCCGGAAGCGUGCCGGGAGGAGGGCCGAUAG